UAAAGCGUUCCAGCCCACAGUCUUAGCUUUGGAUUCAUUGUUGACUUGCUUUGGUGCAUCUUCUCCAUCCUCCAGAGGACGAAAUGAAGACGGAAUAUUCUUUGGAGAAGAACAGUGCUCGACAAGCCUCUUUUACAGACGAUGGCAUCCGCUGGAGAACUGGAUCUGAGAUCUCCCAUCCAGAUGACAUCAACGCCGCCAACCAUGAAAGAGUCCACCCUUCCACGUUUAAAAAAUACCAAAGCAGCCUACAGACCCUCAAACCCAUCCGCUGGUCUUCUCCAGAACCGCACCCCGUGGACAAAGCUGGCUUCCUGUCCUUCACAACCUUCGCCUGGAUGACCCCCAUGAUGUGGGCCAUAUUCAGAAAUAAGCUGGACCUUUCCUCUCUUGGCCUGUCCCAAUUUGAUGUAGCCGACACCAGUGGAGACAGGCUGCAGAGACUCUGGGAGGAAGAGGUGUCAAACAAAGGCCUGGAGAAAGCCUCACUGGUCCACGCAGUCCUUCGUUUUCAACGGACCAGGCUGAUUCUGUCUGUUGUUGUUGGCAUCUUUGCCAUGGUGGCAGCGUUUUUUGGUCCGGCUGUUCUCGUCUAUGAGAUCUUGAACUACGUCGAGGACCCUGAAAAGUCCACGGUGACGCAUGGUGUUGGUUUGGCCUUCGCUCUGUUCACCUCAGAGCUCUGCAAAGCUUUCUUCAUAUCCUUGCUGUGGGCAAUCAACCUGCGCACCGCAGUCCGGCUGAAAGGGGCCUUCUCCUCCGUGGCCUUUCAGAAGGUCAUCUCUCUGCGGGUGCACAGCGGCAUUUCAAUGGGAGAGAUGAUAAAUGUCUUGACCAACGACGGCCACCGCUUGUUUGAGGCGGUCCUGUUCGGGAGCUUCACGCUGUCCACUCCGGUGCUCUUUGUGGUGUGCAUCGUGUACGCGUGCUACGUCCUCGGCUACACCGCACUGACAGGGGUGUGCACCUACAUCCUCUUCGUCCCCAUACAGGGACAGCAUAAAGGAAGUCAAUUUGCAGACUUGAGGACAAAUGAGAGGAAACAAAUUGGGCUGGUCAGCUACAUUCAGAAUGCAAACACCAGCAUAACCAGCAUCAUCCCCACCCUGGCCACUGUCCUCACCUUCCUAGUGCACACCUCGGUGGGCUUAGAGCUCAACACGUCUGAUGCCUUCACUACCAUCGCCAUCUUCAACUCUAUGAGGUUCUGCCUCGCUCUGUUGCCUUUGUCUGUGAAGGCCUUGGCCGAAGCUGCUGUCUCUAUAGCACGAUUAAGGAAAAUCUUGCUGAUCCAGAAUCCAGAGCCCUAUCUGAUCCAGAGCAAAGACAGUGAUUCAGCUAUAGUGAUGAAAGACGCUACGCUGUCAUGGACUAAACCCACCAGCCUGAGCAAUGCGGGAAAAGAACACAGGAAUGAAGAGACGGAUGGAAAGACUGACACUUUACCUACCCUGAGAAAAAUCUCCCUCACCCUGCCUAAGGGCAACCUGCUUGGUGUCUGUGGGAAUGUGGGGAGCGGCAAGACGUCACUGUUUUCCAGUUUUUUGGAACGGAUGCACCUUCUCCAGGGCUCCAUCAUAGCCGAUGGGACGUUUGCCUACGUUUCCCAGCAGGCCUGGAUAUUCCAUGGCACCGUGCAAGAAAAUAUCCUGAUGGGGGAACCCUUUGACCAGGCCAAGUAUGACAGAAUUGUGGAUGUCUGCAGCCUCAGAGCUGACCUUAAAAUACUGCCAUAUGGUGACCAAACUGAGAUUGGAGAGCGGGGGCUGAAUCUGUCGGGGGGACAGAAGCAGAGGAUCAGCCUGGCUAGAGCUGUCUACUCCAAUAAAGACAUCUUCCUCCUGGAUGAUCCACUAUCGGCUGUAGAUGCCCAUGUGGGGAAACACAUUUUCGAAGAGUGCAUAAAGAGGGAACUGAAAGGAAAAUCUGUCAUACUGGUUACACAUCAACUGCAGUAUUUGGAAUUCUGUGAUGACAUUCUGGUUCUGGAGGAUGGGGAGAUCCGGGAAGCUGGAAACCACAUGACACUGAUGAAAGCCAAGAGUCGGUACGCUCAGCUAAUCAGCAACUACCAGAUGGAGCAGUCCAAAACUCAGAAGGAAGAGGAGGAGGUGUUGACCGAAGAUGAAGACCAGUUCAAAGAGGCCGAGCUCAGGGAGCGUGCAGACAGCGGGAUAGUCAACCCCGCAUUUGACAUGAAAGACGAAAAGGACAGUGGGACGACGGCUGACCAAAAAUCUGUGAAGGGUGUGGAUCAGCUGGUCAGUCAGGAGUCCUCCACGGAGGGGUCCGUGUCCUGGAGAGUCUACCACCAAUACUGCCAGGCAGCUGGAGGCUACAUCGUGGUCUUCCUCACCAUCCUCAACAUAGUCCUGAUGAUUGGGUCAACGGCUUUCAGCAACUGGUGGCUCAGCUACUGGCUGGGAAUGGGCGAUGGGUCUAAUGGCACAGCUUCAGACGUGGGCGACGUCUCACAAAACCCGGAUCUCCAGUUCUACCAGAUGAUAUACGGCAUAAUGGUGGUUGUCAUGGUGGUGCUCGCUGUGAUCAAAUGCUUCUUUUACACGCACGUCACCUUGAGGGCCUCCUGCAAACUCCACGACACCAUGUUCAGAAAGAUUAUUGCCAGUCCAAUGAGCUUCUUUGAUACCACGCCGACAGGCCGCAUCUUAAACCGCUUCUCCAAAGACCAAGAGGAACUGGACACUGUGCUUCCUCUCCACAUGGACCCUUUUCUCCAGUUCUGUCUGCUCGUCACCUUCACCAUAGUCAUCAUCGCCUCCGUCUUCCCCCCGAUGCUGGUGGCUGUGAUUAUCAUCGGGGCUCUGUUCACUCUCAUUCUCUUCAUAUUCCAGAGAGGUAUACGACAAAUGAAGAAGAUGGAAAACAUCAGUCGGUCCCCGUGCAUCUCUCUGACCACCUCCACCCUGCAGGGCCUCAGCACCAUCCAUGCCUACAACAUAAGAGACAGGCACAUAAAACUGUUCAAGUCCCUCAAUGACAUCAACUCCAACCAUUAUUUGCUGUUUCACUCCGGCACACGCUGGCUCUCUUUCUGGCUGGACUUCAUGGCUUGUUCCAUGACCCUGUUGGUGGGUCUUUUUGUGGUGCUUAGCGGCAAUGAUGUCAUCAGCCCUGCGCUGAAGGGCCUGGCCAUGUCCUACACGAUACAGUUGACAGGCAUGCUCCAGUAUGUCGUGAGGCAGUCCACAGAGGUGGAGGCCCGCUUCAAUUCGGUGGAGCGACUGCUGGAGUACAUCACGGGAUGCAGGCCUGAAGCCCCCAGACACAUAAAGGGGGCUCAGAUCCCAGAGAACUGGCCAAAGAAUGGAGCCAUUACCUUCCGGGACUAUCAGAUGAGGUACAGGCAGAACACACCUAUUGUUCUCAACGGGCUUGAUUUCCUCAUCCAACCUGGAGAGAAGCUCGGUAUUGUUGGAAGAACAGGCUCUGGUAAAUCCUCCUUAGGCGUCGCUCUGUUCAGACUGGUGGAGCCGGCAGCUGGGACCAUCCUCAUAGACGGGGUGGAUGUUAUGGCCAUUGGGCUGCAGGAUCUGCGCAGCAAACUGUCCAUCAUCCCCCAGGACCCCGUGCUGUUUAUUGGCACCGUCAGGUACAACCUCGACCCUUUUAACAACUACACGGAUGACGAAAUCUGGACAGCGCUGGAGAAGACCUAUAUGAAGGACUCGAUCUCCAGGCUGGAAGGGAAGCUUCAGGCCCACGUGUUGGAGAAUGGAGAAAACUUCUCUGUAGGCGAGAGGCAGCUGAUGUGCAUGGCCAGAGCCCUUCUCCGUAACUCAAAGAUCAUUCUUCUGGAUGAGGCCACAGCCUCUAUUGAUGCAGAGACCGAUGCUCUGAUUCAGAAUACCAUCAAGGAGGCGUUCAGCAACUGUACCAUGCUGACGAUCGCCCACCGCAUCAACACCGUGAUGCACGCAGACCGAAUUCUAGUAAUGGAAAAAGGAGAGGCUGCCGAACUGGACCCGCCAGAUGUGCUGAAGCAAAGACCAGACUCCAUGUUCUCCUCACUCCUCACUGCUGCCAACACUGUAAAUACGUGAGCCACUGGAAACCACCCUAUUCAACUCAAGAACCCCUAUCAAAUAGUCAAUAGAAAUUGUAACUAUUAUUGAUUUUACACUACCAUAUCAAGUCAGUGUAAGUACUUCUUCCUGAAAAUUAAGUUUCUUUUUUAUUCACACACCAGAGGCAAAAACAGCUCUCAGCGCUAUUCCUGGAGAUUUCUGCUUUGAAUUUACGGAGCAGAUGUGGAAAGGCGAGGUCAAAACAACCUAUAAGUUUCACGCGGGAACUUAGAGAACCAAUCCAGAUCUCAAUCACGGACAAGCUUUAAAACUAAUGUGCUUAACUGGUAAAGAUAUUAGGAGCUAGGAUUUGUGGCUAUUAAACGCACACAUAUACAAAGGAAUACAGAACUAUAUGCUAGGGAAACGGUAUUACCACUGUACCACCGGCGUGUUGGUCAAGUAAACAGCAGUUGGCAGCAACAGCAAGCAAACCAGGUCGGCUGCUGCCUUUGCUAGUGGCUAGACCUGGUAGAACAUCCCUUUUAGGUUAAGAGUCUGAAUAAAGCCAGUGUUAUCUGCUAGUGGGCUGGCGUGGUCAUAUUAACUAAUUCAUAGAUUCUGGCCGAGGAUGAAUUCUGUUUUGAGAGUGGCUAAAAACUGCUGGCAAUGGAGCUGUUGAGAUAAUAGCAUAACCAACUGGAUUUUUUAUAAUAUCAGGAAAUAAAACUUUUGAAUGUUUUUGUUCAUUGUAAGAUGUGUUAAUGAUGAUGUUUUUCUGACAAAAAUACAUCCAUAAAGUUCUCUCAUAGGUUUUUUUUCCACUGGAGGGGAUAAGUGGAUGUUAUGUAUAUUCAGAAUGUUGUAUUUAUUUUCUGUGUAUAUUUUUUUGUGCUGCCACUUUCUGAACGGCUGUAUGUAAAUAUUAGAUCCAUCUGUAAUGAAAUGUAAUAACAGUUGUACUUUUUUUUCCUAUAAGACUUUUAGGAAAGGCAUUAUGCUGAUGACAAAACGGUGGAGAAACAAUAUCCUGUGCCCUGUUUACAGACUGUUGUUGUUGUGACAAGAUGGUGAAGACAUUGAAAAUUUUUUAAACUAAGGUUUGAGCUGAAAUAAACAAAGCAAAUGCAUAAAAACAAUAAGUAGUA